AUGAAUGAUUUGUUAACUAAGUUUUUGUUAUGUAAUAAAAUACCGGAAACCAUUAAAUUAGAUAUUAAACUAUUGCACUGUACGGGCAAUAAUGUAUGGUUUGUUACCAGUGCUGACCAAUGCUAUGUAUUGGGCGAUAAUAUGUGCGGCGAACUCGGUUUGGGUCAUAAAUUACCGGUUAAUGAACCCCAAGUUGUACGGGAAUUGUGUUCAAUUGAGUGCCAAAAAUUUAUUAUCGGAACCGACUUUGGACUGUGUCUGACAAGUGACCAACAGAUAUAUAGCUGGGGGUCUGACAGCUAUAAACAAUUGGGUAGACAUACCUGCCAUAUGUACAGUAAACCUGCUAACAUACCGUUCCUUUCGGAUAAAUCCAUUACGGAUAUUGCUUCAGGUUUUCUACAUUCACUGGCACUUACCAGUGAUGGCCGUGUCUAUGGAUGGGGUGAUAACCGGUGGGGUCAGGUAGGAUGCGGUCAAAGAUUGGAUCGGAUUAGACGACCCAGUUGUCUAAUAUUUCCGCCAAAUACUUGUAUCAAAUCAAUCAGUUGUAUCAAUUGGUGUUCACUUGCCAUAACAGCCGACGGUCUGGUAUAUUGUGGCGGUUGGACUAAACACAAACAAUUUCGCGAUAAAACUAGACUUAACUUUCACUUACUGGCGCUCAUACCUAAUAUCAGUGACAUUAAGUCACUUUCAAUUGUUUAUUUAGACAUGGCUUAA